AUGCGCGCCGCUCGUGGCAGAGGCAUGGACUUCUAUAGCCCGCCCGCCGGCAACAUCUCGGCGCCCUUCGGCGCCCCGCAGCCGCCCCAGCCGCUCGGAGGUGCACCCAUGGCGCCUGGGCCAGCGCCCAUGGGAGGCUCCAUCGGGGGCCCCAUGCAGCCGGGAGGCGUCCAGCCUGGGAUAUUCAGCCCAGGGCCGGCGCCGCAGCCCGCGGCCUACGACGAGGGCGACAUCGAGAACGAGCCGCCGCUGCUCGAGGAGCUCGGGAUCAACGUCGAGCACAUCCUCGCGCGCAUCAAGGGCGUGGCCUUCUUCAAGAAGGUCGACCAGGAGGUGCUGUCGGACUUGGACCUGAGCGGCCCGCUGGCCAUCAUCAUGGCGCUCGCGUGCUGCCUGCUCCUGGCUGGAAAGAUCUCCUUCUCGUACCUGUACGGGAUGGGCUUCUCGGGCUCUUCUCGGGCUCCGCGGGAAUCUGGAUGCUGGUGA